AUGGCGGACCAGCAACAGCAACUCCAGACCAUGGCGACGACGCCAUCGCCUCAACCCGACCUGAUGAGGAAUCGACUGCCGACCCUGUUCGAGGUGCUCAGCCGUCGCACACUGCCCCCCGUGGACCUGUUUUCAUUUUACAUAUACAUGCGCGAUCAGCAGCGUUCAGUCGACUAUCUUGAUUUCUGGCUAGAUGUUGCCCAGCACAUGUCGCUAUGUCGACACUAUGUCCGUGAGCUCCGACGGUCCGUCAUUUUUGACACGCCCGAGAUGGACAGGGUGAGCUCGAAGCGGUCGUCCAUGAUCUUGGAGAGCAUGGGGGAUCUGGGGGAACGGGCGGCCGGGCCGUCAAUGUACGCGACCGAGAAGGAGAAGGACCAGGACGCCCAGAUGUCCGCCUUUCUGCGGGAGGAGGCGGCCGAGUCGUCGGACCAGGCCGGGGGCACCGGCACUGGAACCGGCACCGGCACGGGGUCCGUCCCCAUGAAGCCCAGCCCGCAGUUCAGCACCCCUCGCGACAUCACAACCGAGUCCAACUCGCCGGGCCACACCGUACUGCGGCAGGACAUCAAGGCCUCGGCCGAGAAGAUCCUGUACACCUUCCUCCUCCCCGGCGCCGAGCGCGAAAUCACACUCCCCGGAUCCGUCACCAACGACGUCACCAUGGCCAUCGAGGAGAUGGGCAGAGACGACCCCGAGGUCUUUGACGUCGCAAAGGACUACGUCUUUCAGGCCAUGGAGCGGGACGCCUUCCCCGGCUUCCUCAGGAUGAAGGCCCUGGGUAACCUCAUCCCGCCUACGCUCAUCAUGCGUCUCAUCCUCGGUCUGCUGGCCAUGUUUGGUGCCUUUUGGACUGCUUUUACCCUCAUCUUUCUCAACAAGUCUCGCGAGACGAGAUGCUGGCUCGUUCUUCCGUUCACCGUGGGCGUCUACUUCCUCGCCUCGUAUCAGUACUCUCUCGAUCCCAUCCUGGCCCUCGUCGGCUACAGCGAGUAUACACCCUUCAACUUCUCCCGCAUCAGGGAGCCUUACGUCCGCUCCCUCAUCGCCAAACGGUCCUUGACAGUCCUCGCCGUGACACUGCUCAUCGACGCUGCCCUGUGCAUCCUAUUUAUCCUCGUGCCCGGCAAGAGACUCUAG